ACACAUAGGUUUCCCAAGUACUCAAGCACAAAAAGAAAAAGAAACCAUUCUCAAUAUUCCACUUGAAGAAUUGCAGGAAAAAAAUGGUUCAAUCUGAGGAAGUACGAAAAGGACCAUGGACAGAACAAGAAGACUUCAAAUUGGUGUCAUUUGUUGGAUUAUUUGGAGACAGAAGAUGGGACUUUAUUGCUAAGGUAUCAGGUUUGAAUAGAACUGGUAAGAGUUGUAGGUUAAGGUGGGUUAAUUAUCUUCAUCCUGGUCUCAAACGUGGUAAAAUGACUCCUCAUGAAGAACGUCUUGUCCUUGAACUUCAAUCCAAGUGGGGAAAUAGGUGGUCGAGAAUUGCUCGAAAGUUACCUGGACGAACGGAUAAUGAGAUAAAGAACUAUUGGAGAACUCACAUGAGGAAGAAAGCUCAGGACAAAAAGAGAAUCUCAUCAGCUCCAUCUAUAGAACACCAUGUUUCAAAAGAUGUGGAGGAAACAAGUUUUUAUGACACGGGAGGAUCAACAGUAUCAACAAAAGUUAAACAACAUGAACAAGAAGAGAUUUCCAUGGAUGAUAUAUGGAAAGAUAUUGAUAUAUCAGAAGAGAAUAGUGUUCUUGAGAAUGAAGAAUUUUGCAAUGAUAAUAAUAAUGAUAAUACUAAAAAUAACAUAUCAUGUUCUCUACCAAUGAGUUCUUCAUCAUGGGAGUAUAAUUCCUCAAACUCACUAUGGGUGAUGGAUGAAGAAAGCAUGAUAUUCCCUAAGAGUGAUGACCCUUAUUGUUCUUACUAUGCUAAUUACUAAUUAGGAUUCUUUUUUCUAAAUUAAUAUUUUUGUUUUGUUUGUUCAUAUUAUCAUCUUGAGUGUCACUGCCACUUGUUUUAAUUUAGUCUAAUUAAUAAUAACCUUUGUAUAGCAUGGUUCUAGUUAGUGUGAACCAGCUGUAAUAAUACCCAAGGAUAACCUCUGGUCAUGUCAAUGUUUUAGUGCUUUUUAUUUUUUACUUUAAGAAGAACAUCCAAUAAGAUAGGGAGUUGGUAUGUUAGGAAUUAAUGUAAAAUAUUAAGUGCUUGUACUUUAAGUUUACA